UAUGGAAGGCAUGGAGAUGAAACAUGUGGAGUUGGUUGAGCUGGCCGAUUUGCCGCCUUGUCCCGCCCUCGACAAGUACAGGCAACAGGCUGCCUUCGACUGGAAAAUGAUGCGCACUUUCGUAGAACAACCGCUCGACCUCAAGAUCAAGAUGAACGUGUGGAAAAAGUUGGCAAGUGAUCCGCUGUUCAGCAAGUACAGCGAAGCGAGCAGCACUGACGAGCAGAAGCGCAUCACUUGUCAUCAGCUGGUGCGAUUCGCCAGCACUGGCAUCUAUGACAACCUAGACACAAUGGACUACAAGCAACGGACGAAAUUCAUAAUGUGUGUAAACGAGGCGACCGCCAUGGUGAAUCCUUGUCUGUCGGUGAAGAUAGCGCUGGGCAUCUCGCUGUUCGCCAACGUCAUAUUAGUAGGCUUGGGCACCGAGCGGCACCUGCACUUCUAUCGCGAUGUCUGGGAUGCCAAGAUUCUGAGCUGCUUGGCGAUCACAGAGUUGGCGCACGGAAGUGACACCAAGCGCAUGCGUACUGUGGCCGAGUAUGACCCCAAGACCAGGCAGUUUGUCAUCAACACACCCGACGUCGGCGCCACCAAAUGCUGGGUAGGCAAUCUAGGCAAGCAGUGCACGCAUGCGCUGUUGUUCGCUCAGCUGCUGGCAGGUGAUGGCACCAACCAUGGCCUGCACCUGUUUGUGGUGCCCAUAAGGGACCCCAGCACUCUGCUGCCCUUCCCGGGCAUCACGGUCGGCGACCUGGGUGAGAAGGCCGGUCUGCAUGGCAUCGAUAACGGGUUCAUAAUGUUCCACAAAUAUCGGAUACCGAGGGAAAAUCUGCUAAAUAGAACUGGUGAUAUUACGCCUGAAGGAGAGUACGAGACCUCCUUCUCCGAUCCUCAAAGAAUACUCGGAGCGGCGCUAGAGAACUUGUCGUGUGGCCGCGUGGCCAUAAUGCAGGAGAGCUCGAACACGCUGGCCAAGGCCUGUGUGAUAGCUGUCAGGUAUGCCGCUCAGCGAACUCAGUUCUGCGAUCAGCAAGGCAUUGAGACUCCGCUCAUCGAGUAUCAGCUGCAUCAAUGGCGACUGUUUCCAUACGUGGCAGCUGCCUAUGCGUUGAAGUUCUUCAUCCAGCAGUUCACCGACCAAUAUCUUGACUGUGUCGUCAUCUCAAAAACGGACACGGCUGGAUUCAGGGAUGUGCAAAUGAUGGUGUCAGGCGUGCAUGCAGUGGUUUGCUGUACUAAGCCUCUGUUCACAUGGAUCUGUCGAAAUGCCCUGCAAGAAUGCCGUGAAGCUUGUGGCGGACAUGCAUUUAAAUGA